AGUCUGCCAGUAAGAUGACAUCAGAGCUCUUCAUGAAGGAGGGCAGGCUCUCCCUCACUUCUGGAGACACCGAUCGAUGGCACAGGCAGAAGCAUCAGAAGCUUCUUCCCAUGGAUCCUUUGCAAAUGGCCCACUCGGGCCCUCGGAAGAAGAGGCCCAGGCAGAUGGGUGCCUCAAUGGUCUCUCCUCCGCAUGACAUCAAGUUUCGGGAUUUGGUUCUCUAUAUUUUGGAGAAGAAAAUGGGAACCACCCGCAGAGCCUUCCUCAUGGAGCUGGCGCGAAGCAAAGGAUUCAGGGUUGAAAAUGAGCUCAGUGAUUCCGUCACGCACAUUGUAGCAGAAAACAACUCUGGCUCAGACGUCCUAGAAUGGCUGCAGGUACAGAAUGUAAAAGCCAGCUCACAGCUAGAGCUCCUGGACAUCUCCUGGCUGAUAGAAUCCAUGGGAGCAGGAAAACCAGUAGAGGUGGCAGGAAAACACCAGCUUGUGAGAAGAGAUUAUUCAGCUAGCCCAAACCCAGAGCUCCAGAAGACUCCGCCACUGGUUGUAAAAAAGAUCCCUCUGUAUGCAUGUCAGAGAAGAACCACUUUAAACAACUUUAACCACAUAUUCACGGACGCCUUCGAGGUGCUGGCUGAAAACUAUGAGUUUAAAGAAAAUGAAAUCUCCUCUGCGACAUUUAUGAGAGCAGCUUCUGUGCUUAAAUCUCUGCCAUUCACAAUCAUCAGUAUGAAGGACACAGAAGGAAUUCCCUGCCUGGAGGACAAAGUGAAGUGUGUCAUAGAGGAAAUUAUUGAAGAUGGAGAAAGUUCUGAAGUUAAAGCUGUGUUAAAUGAUGAACGAUAUCAGUCCUUCAAACUCUUUACUUCUGUGUUUGGAGUGGGAUUGAAGACAUCUGAGAAAUGGUUCAGGAUGGGUUUCCGAACUCUGAGUAAAAUAAAGUCAGACAAAACCCUGAAGUUCACACAAAUGCAGAAAGCAGGAUUCCUCUAUUAUGAAGACCUCGUCAGCUGUGUGACCAGGGCAGAAGCAGAGGCAGUCGGUGUGCUGGUUAAAGAGGCCGUCUGGGCGUUUCUGCCUGAUGCCUUCGUCACCAUGACAGGAGGAUUCCGGAGGGGUAAGAAGAUUGGGCACGAUGUUGAUUUUUUAAUUACCAGCCCUGGAUCAACAGACGAAGAAGAGGAACAACUUUUACCUAAAGUGAUAAACUUAUGGCAAAGGAAGGAAUUACUUUUAUACUACGACCUUGUGGAGUCGACAUUUGAAAAGCUAAAGUUGCCUAGCAGGAAGGUGGAUGCUUUAGAUCAUUUUCAAAAGUGCUUUCUGAUUUUAAAAUUGCACCAUCAGAGAGUGGACAGUGGCAAGUGUAGCCAGCAGGAAGGGAAGACCUGGAAGGCCAUCCGUGUGGACCUGGUCAUGUGCCCCUACGAGCGCCGUGCCUUUGCCCUGCUGGGCUGGACUGGCUCGCGGCAGUUUGAGAGAGACCUCCGGCGGUAUGCCACGCAUGAGCGGAAGAUGAUCCUGGAUAACCACGCUUUAUACGACAAGACCAAGAUCACAGUUGAGGGCAGCUGGAAAGAUCCUGAUGGGAGCACGGUCCCCACCUGGCCCAGAAUAUACCUCAAGGGCUUUGGGCUCAAAGAUGAUGAGCUUGUUGGGUCUUUAGAACCAGUCCAGCGUGAACAUUAAUUGUGUUUGAUAUAUCUUUGGUAUUUGGAGUGAAUAAGUCCAAAAAAAACCAAGGAUUCCCCAAAUCACAAAUACCACUCAAGUACCCCUUAAAUGCGUGGGCAGUUGCAUUUUGAGUGACCACUUGGGUCAUUGAUGAGAGCAUACUGCAAGAGGGAGAGCCACAGAACUUCCCUGAGAUGUAGAUGAGCAAUCAGUGAGGCUCCCUCACCAGCUGUGUAACUCACUUGGUGUGUUACACUUGGCACUGGUCAGGAUCCAAAUUCAUGCCUCGGCAAAAGGAUAAAUUACUGCAUGAAUUAUGAAGAGUUAAAUAUUCAUCUGUUAAAUCUACAUGCCAAGGUCUGCUGUUCUCCCAGGGGUCAAGGACAUUAAACUAAGCUCUGAGGAGAAUAAGACA